GACAUUGACGCUUCUUGGAUACAACAAACAUUUUACCGUUUUAGUUUUUACGAUAUUGGUUGGAAAUAUAUCGCAAAAACGAUGUAAUGAAAUUAAUAGACUGUGUUUUAUUAUCUUCAUGGGUAUAACAUCGAAGUGCAAAAUGUGACACUGCUUGAAAAUGUGCUGUACUACGACAAACACUACAUAGCGUCAGGUCGAAUUUCCUCUAAUCUAGACACACUUGAGCAAUGUCUUUGUUCAGAGAGAAAUCCGAGCGAGUAAAGACUCCAGCCUUAUUUCCAUGUGCAGCAAAGGUUAAAGUUCCUCAGCUGGGGUCAGAGGAAACAGAUUUUGAAUUGAAACUUGCAAGCAAACCUGCACCAACCUCAGUUAUUUUCAAGUCCUUUCAAGCUCCUGAACCUGUUCAGAGAAGUUACCUGAAGAGAAUCAGUGCUGAUUUACGCUUCAGUGAAGAUGUGGUGGAAGACCGAUGCUUUCAUAUGGUGCCUUAUGACACAAAGUAUUUGUUCCAAGCUCUUGACCCUUAUGACAUUGUGUCCCCACCACCUCAUGCUAAGAUUCCCCCGGGUCGCCAUGAUGCCCGGGGCAUGGACCAACGACAUAUGCCAUGUCACCUGACAAAGUCGUACAAACCUCACCUGAAACCCCUGAAGAGGAAAAUAAUGGAAAGAGCGAGAGAGAUGCACAAGUCCGUGAUAGCACAGUCCCAGGACACAGCAACAGAGGUCUCCUCGGAGGAGAGUUUCUUCUUGACGGAGGUGAGCGGUCAAAAACCAGUCAGUGCUCCUCCUCAUGUACAGGAUGUGAAAAAAUCAGUGCCAAAGGAAAAGAAAAAAGCUGAGGAGAUCAAGCCCAAGAAGAGAUCACCAAGAAAAAGUGCAUCAGAUAAGAGUACUCUGGACACGGAGCAGGAAGCAAAGGAGGCAUGGGAAAAAUUCUGCAGGGAAAACUACGACUGGGACGCCUACACUUUAUCUAAAGUCAGCUCACAUAUGUCAAAGUGGGUGGUUCUGGAGAAGAUGCCGGACGGCCCAGACAGGGACAGACUGAAGAAGCUUGUGGAGGCGUGGUACGGUAAGCAGGACUCCUCUGACCUGUUACUGGAGUCCCUGGGGGAACUCAAGAAAGAGGAACCAGCAGAAGUCAAAAAAGAUGCGGAGAAGCCGAAGAAAAAGUGGAAGAAGCCAGAGUCCACGAUACUCGCUCGAGUGUAUGAGAUGGAUAUUGCAGAGGACAUAACAGAGCCUCACGCUCAUGAUCCGUACUCGGACGACUCUAAAGCCCCGUUUUAUAGAAAACCAGUUGGUCUGCGGCGGGCAAUUAAACAUGCAGAAAAGGAGGAGGAAGUGACCAAUAGUGCAGGUGCCAUAAAUGCUACAGCUGAUAUCACCAUUGACUACACGUAUGAGCCACCUGCCCCGCCCACCAUCCGCGACUUUAUUAACCCCUCAGUGGGUGACAAGUUCUACGAUACAGACAACCAAUUCCAGCAGGAAAAGUUGAUAGGGGUAGAUCAAGUUCACGUAGAGGACACAGACAAGAUUGUGCUAAGUUCUGGUCAUAAGUACCAGAAAAAACUACAGUCUGAACACCCACAGAACCCAGAGACCUGGUACAACGAGCAAGACGCCACGCCGCCACACGAGGUGAAGGAGUCACCACGCAUCAAAAAGGUGGAGAAAGGACUGCGGCGCUGGAAAAAACUCCCGGAGCCGGCAGAUGAGUCAGCCGAGUUUAACAUGAUUCCCCCCGGGUUUGACCCUGAAUACCAUAGGUCACCUGACCCCACGACUCGCAGGCUGACCAAACAGAAUGCAUCAUUACUUCAAGUCAUUGAUGAGUGGAGGCAGAAGUGGCACCUGAGUGGUCAGCUAGUGGACAGUAAGCCGGACGAUCUCAUUAAAGACAUGGCGGACAUCCAGAGUCAUGUCCGACUGAAGGCCAUAGCGACCAUCGCCAAGGUCGCGGAGUACCGGCCCCCAGCCCAGGAGAUUUCUAUAUAUGGGGACACACCCUCACUUAAAGCCCCCUUCCAGGAACUGCCCCACAAAUUGUUUGUCGCUCUCGAGUGUCUGUUAGAUGAUAAAGUAGAUCGCGUCAAACUAGCGGCAGCCAUUACUCUUUACUCGCUCAACAAGCCAGGGGAAAAGGCCAGACAGGUUUUACAGCUGGCCCUACAGAGUGAGACCAGUGUGGACCGGUGGGCCGCCGCUCAGUGUCUGGCCCACGAUGGCCUCUGUAACUCGCUGGUCGUGGGCGAGAUUGUCCGUCAGCUGCUGGAGACGGAGGAUACCAUUAAACACGAGAAAGCCAUCUACCUACUCGGCAAACUCAGCAUUUUCUCUCCUUUAGUCCAUUGUAUGGUGGCUGAACAGUUAAACAGUAGCAGCUGGAGACAUAAAGUCAUUGCUUGUAAAAUACUUCCUACUCUCCACGGCACCAUUAACAAGGAUGUAACCAACAAGCUGAUGGACUUGAUGUGGAAUGAUUGGCACGAGGACGUCCGUAAGAGUGCGGCGCAGUGCCUCGGUAAAACUAGCCACGGGAGGGAAGUCCAUGAUGACCUCAGAGAGAGAAUCGUCAAAGGCAAUGAGGCCACCAGGCUAGAGGCCAUCAGUAAAAUAGGACAACUAGGUAUCAUGACAGCCAAAUUACUGCCUGUGUUCCUGAAAUGUUUUGAGGAUGAGUACAUCUCUGUGAGAUCGGAAGUCUGUAUAACUUGUGGUAACCUGGAAAUAAAAGAUGAACAAGUCAUAGAGAAGUUAAUCCAUCUGGCCACAUUUGAUCCCAUCUGGAAAGUGAAGGCUUUAGCCAUUCAAGCUAUGGGUAACAUAGGAGUGGUCAAUGAGGAGAUUACCGAGACUUUACUGUGGGCGGUCCGGUAUGAGGAGAAGCCAGGGGUGAGAGCGGAGGCCUGUCACACCCUGAUGAUGCUGAAACUGAAGACAGAGGAGGUGGCUGAAGUCCUUCAGGAAAGAUUCCUAGUGGAGUCCAGCAGUAUAGUCAGGGAGGAGAUUGCCAACACAUUAGAGAUGUUUGGAAUUAGUGCCACGGAGGACAUGGACAUGGUAGCCCAGAUAAAGAAUGAGGUCCGCAAACUCUGUACCAAGGGUAACAUCGCGGCCCAGAUCUCUCUGAAUGAAGCCGAUGACCUGAAACACGAGAACCUGAGUAGGAUGAUUUACGAGAACGAGAAAGAAAUGGAGCGUAGAAACCCGUACUCUUUCCUGUUACUGAGAUCUGCGGAGUCCAGUAAAAGUCACUGUCACUUCACCUACAGUGUGUCCAGUCUAUCUUACACCAGGCUGUCUAGAACAAGGAGAAGUAAGGAGAGUGAGGAGAAACUGCCACCAAUGAUGGAGAGAAUAAGAUCAAUGAGUCAAGCCAGUGAUCGUCCUGACACAUCUCAAAGGAAGAUGAUAGGGGACAGACCCCACACCCCUCACCGUAAGAGUGUCUCCCCCACCCCGAGUCGUGAAGUCUUCACCCCCACAGCUGAUGAGGAGCUUCACCAAAUCAUGUCACGUGAGGACACAAGGAGUGAGGUGGCCUCCCCAGAGGCUCGACCCACAUCUGGCCAACAGCGCGACUCAGGCACACCCAAAGAUCAGGGCACACCCAAGGGAUCGGAGAGGUCAAAGGUCACAACAGAGGACAGUGAUGUCACGGAUAGUAGUGAGAGGGAAUAUUCCUCGGCGACCGGUGGGAGAACUCCAGAGACUGAGCGACCGACCAGUGUGGUAAAAUUUGCAUCUGAACUACAGGUGGAGGAGAUUCCUGGUCGCUCCACACUGACUCCGUCAAAGUCUGCAAUGGAGGACAUGCGUGUGUCGACGCGUCUCAGUAGUAUGGCAGGAGGACGCGUGUCGUCAGACGUCAGGGCAUUCAGUCGUGACGCCAUCAAGGAGAGGGAGAAAAUAAACACCGAGGCACUGAAGAGCUACGCCGGGCUGGACAUGCGGUAUUACGAUAUGAUACAGGAUCUCAUCCAGGUAGACAAUACAUACGAGCUGAUGACCGGUCAGAGGCCCAAACAACCAGAAGUGGAACAGGUGAAAAAGAUUACGAUGAUUCAGUCCCCAUCCAAGGCACUCAUCGCCCAAUCAGACGAGGCUAUACCGGUCGAUGAUGAGGAUAACGACGUCCAAUCAUCUGUCAUCAUCACCGUCACGGCGGACGAGGAACAAGACAGUAUUACUAAUUAAUCUGUUAAUCGGAGCAUUUAUAUUUAAUAUGGUUGACUUCAGUUGUGCAUUAUAAAUCAAGGCUGAUAACUUCAGGAUAAAGUGCAUUAAUGAGUGAUUAAUUUCUUUAAUGUGAUAUAUUUUCAUUUAUCUCUGUAUUAUGAGGGAAAAUGAUGACUGUGAUAUUUUGUGCUUACUUGUAAUUCUUUUUUAUGUCUUA